UGUUUCUGCUCGGCCAAACUUCUCCGAACACCCCACGGUCACGUUCGAUCUAAAGACGUAAGACAAAUUAUAAUUUAACGUACAUACGACACAGUGUCAUGCAGUCAUGUACUGUCAGACAAUUUGGCGACAAGCCUUUGGGUUGUUGAAAGAAUCCACGUUUAGAUUCACGUUAAUCCGAAGCGUGUCCUCCAAUGCAAAAUCCUUGCGGUCGCUGAGCAGCUGGACGUUGUGUGUGCAUCACCGGCGGAGAAAUCGGCUGCCAAAUGGAUAUCCCCAUCUAAAUGUCCGCACAGUGACUCACACUACUCUUGACCCCGCUGAGGUGCGGAAGUUUCAGGCCAUGGCGAGCAAGUGGUGGGAUUUGCAGGGAGAGUUUGCUGCUCUGCACUCCAUGAAUGACCUGAGAGUGCCCUUUAUACGGGAUAAUUUGUUGAAUGUACACGGCUUGCAGCAGUUGGGCAAACCUCUGACUGGGCUCAGAAUACUGGACGUUGGCUGCGGUGGAGGUGUACUGAGCGAGCCACUAGGAAGACUGGGAGCAGAUGUGCUUGGGAUCGACCCAGUGGAGGAUAGUGUGCGGACUGCAGAGUUGCACUCCUCCUAUGAUCCCGAUUUGCGGGAAAGGGUUCGCUAUCAGGCAUUCACACUAGAAGAAGUUGCUGAAGAAGAAGCCGAGGGGUUUCAUGCCGUAGUUGCAUCCGAGGUGGUGGAACAUCUGGCUGACCUGGAUGCUUUUGCCAGCUGCUGCCAGCAAGUGCUGAAGCCUGGUGGCUCUCUUUUCAUCACCACUAUUAACAAAACCAACCUGUCCUAUGCCCUUGGCAUUGUGGCGGCUGAGGAACUGUUAAGAAUUGUACCAAGUGGAACUCAUGACUGGGAGAAGUUCAUCAGCCCAGAGGAUCUGGAACGACUGCUGGAGUCAUUUGGUUUCUGUGUGGAGGCUAUCAGAGGCAUGAUGUACAAUCCUCUCACAGGAGCAUGGAGCUGGCAGAAAAGCACGGCCAUCAAUUAUGCGUUGCAUGCUAUAAAACGCAAAGAAGAGCCCCAGCCUGAGCAGACUUGGGCUGAGAGUGAGAAUCUGGAUGAGCCAGGUCGAGCCCCAAGUUACAGCUAAGCUGUUGCAAAUGUUGGAGCUGCCAACCAUUACACUUACUUCAAAAGGCAUGUGAAGUUAAUAUUUAGACACAUGUCAGAUCUCAGACUUUGCGUAGUGCAGAAAUUGUGAACCAGUAAGAUAAACCUUUUGGUUGUGAUCCUUCAUAAAACAAGCUUUAUUAAGAUGUGAAGUCAUGGUUGAAGCACUUCCACUUGAUUCAAACCACAGUCUUCAUGUCUCUGCCUUUUGUCCAAAAAAAUAUAAAUACAUACAUAUAUAAAAAUUAACCACAAUUUACUUGUGUUACUUGCUGUGUUGAUCUUUGGUUGGUUCCAUAAAUAAAAAAGGCUAAUAUUAUGUGAUAAGACACUUGUACAUACUGUACAAAAAUGUUGAUGAUUCAUUUUGGUAUGAUUGUUGACUUUUUUAGUUACAAUAAAAAUGCAGCGUAUGUG